AUGCCUCCUUCAGGCCAGGACACGCGUUCUUCUUCGCGCUCGGACAAGCGCCCCACCAAUCGUGAAAAUAUUCGCUCCACUUCCCCGACCAUGUCUUCGGAUCGACGCAUUCGUCCCAUCCACCGUCCUGGCGUGGGCACUAUUGGCGCACCAUAUAAGACAGAAGUCAAUGUCUUCCGCCUCAACAUUAAGCGCGGCUUGGUCGUUGCGCAGUAUAACGUAUGGAUGGAUGUCGCACCCACAGAUGCUAUCAUCUGGAACCGGGCCGUGUUUGACUGCGUCAUUUCGAAGUAUGGAAGGGAAAUGGGUGUGUCGCUGGCCUACGAUGGAAGAUCCAUCGCUUAUGCGGCAAAGGAGAUGAACCGCAAGUAUACAGGUACAAAACUUCGUGUCUCUGUCAACCGGGAUGGCCAUCCUGCUUCCGACAGAGACCGACGCGGUGGAUUUGUUGAAGAUGUCGACGUGGAGAUCAACCAUGCGAAGAAUCUGAAGUUUGAGGAGAUCCUCCACAGCACGUCUACAGCCUCUGUGUACUCGGAAUAUCUGUCCGCGCUCGAUGUUGUUCUGGCAGCAACUCCUACCAAGCAUUAUGUCCAGGUUGGCCGCUCAUUUUAUUCAGGGGAGCGUGCACAGGACCUUGGGCGGAGAAACAUCACCGCCAGUGCUUGGAGAGGAUUUUAUCAGAGUGCUCGGUUUAGCGCUAAAGGCCCACUUAUCAACUUGGAUGAGUCGUACACCGCGUUCUGGAGGAAGGGUGGACGUCAUCUUAUCGACUUGGUUCGUGAUGCCAAUGAUGGAAGGGAUUUGAACGCAAGCGACAAUCGCGCACUCAGAGACGUCUCGUCAAAGCUCAAGCUUCUGAAGGUUCGGGCCGACCAUUCUGGUAUUACGUAUCGGGUGCAUGGAUUCUCCAACAAGGGCGCGGACCGUAUCGUGUUUGACUCUGAUGGACGGAAAAUCUCCAUAGCUGACUACUUUCACAACACAUACAACAUUCGGCUUCGUCAUCCUCAUCACCCAUGCGUGAAGACCAACCCUAAGAGGGAUACCUAUCUACCCAUGGAGAUUCUUACCGUUGUAGAUAAUCAGCGACUCACAGGAACACUCAGCCCGGACCAGACCAUGAGCAUUGUCAAGAUUGCAAGCACUAGGCCACAACCCCGUCGCGAAGCGGCUCUCAGGACUAUUAGCAAAUUGAACCAUUCUAGCGAUCGCUACUGCAAAGAGUUUGGUCUUCAGGUAUCAAACUCAAUGAUGUCCGUCAAUGCUCGUGUUUUACCCACGCCAUCUAUUUUCUACAAGCACGGCAAAUCAAUUAGACCACAGGGUGGUCAAUGGAGAACGCGCAGCGAGAAGUACGCAGCUCCUGUCAAUCUCUACACGUGGGCUGUGAUCAGCAUGUCUCGGUUACGGAAAAACGAUAUCUCAAAGUUUCUGUCCGAUUUGAUACGAGUUGGAAGAGGAAAGGGGGUUGAAAUUCCGAACUCAAGGCCUAUCGUUGUGGAUGCCGACUACCGAAAUGUUGCCGACAGGAUGAGAGACUUAAAACGUAAGAUCAACAACGACCCGAAGAUGCAGGUGAAUCGAAUUCCGCUGCAGCUGAUAGUGGUGAUAAAGGAUCGCCCUGACGCUCCAACAUACAAUUUGAUUAAGCGAGUUGGUGAUCUGGAGCUGGGCAUUCCGACUCAAGUGUUACUGGAAAAACAUUGUGGACCGGGCGGAAGAGGGCGGGAUAUGUACUGCGACAAUGUCAUGUUGAAAAUCAACUCGAAGAUUGGUGGUCAAAACUCGUUUGUCGGGACUUGGAGAGAGACCUCCAAAGCUAUGCCGGACCUCAACUUUGAAGAGAGGCCAUACAUCGUCCUUGGGGCUGAUGUGACGCAUCCAAUGGCGGGUGGGAACAGUCCUAGUGUGGCAGCGCUUGUUGGAAGUCGCGACAAACAACUGGUGCAAUUCUCUGGUGCAAUUCGAAACCAGACAGGUCGCAAGGAAGUGAUCUCCGAGCUUGGGGAUAUGUUUAGAGAGGUGUAUGGGCGAUGGAGACAAAACUUCAAGGAAAGGCAUCAGGCAUAUUCGGUCAUCAUGUUCCGUGAUGGGGUGUCGGAAGGACAGUUUGAUGAAGUAAUGCAAGUUGAAAUUACGGCCUUGCGAAAGGCUUGCGAGAAGAUUGAAAAAGGAUGGAGACCUCGCAUCACGUAUAUCAUUGUAACGAAGAGGCAUCAUGUUCGUUUCUUCCCCCAGUCUUCCAAAGGCCAAGACAGAAGUGGGAACAUGGUUCCGGGAAGCGUGGUGGACACGGACAUUGUGAGUGGGCGCUACUACGAUUUUUAUCUAAACUCUCAUGCCGGUAUUCAGGGGACCAACAAACCGUCCAAAUACACUGUUCUUCUAGAUGAGAACAACAUGAACGUAGAUGCUCUUCAAGGCUUUAUCUUCAGACUUACUCAUGGGUUUGUCCGGUGCAAUCGGUCGGUGUCGAUGGUGAGCAGUGCAUACUAUGCGCAUCUACUGGCAUUCCGAGGAAGGGCAUACCUCGGAGAGGACGGUUCAGAUACAUAUUCGAUGGGUUCAAGUGACGCGCCAGUGCCUGCGGCGCCGCGACUUCAUGAGUAUUUGGGCAAGCGACUUUUCUUUGUAUAGACGAAGAAAAGUGUGCAUAUAGUUUGUGGGAUUUGUGAACAUGAUUGUAUAUCGGUUCGCUUUUGCAAAUAGAGAUUUAGAGAAUGAAAAUUGGGGAAGGUUGCUGUCGAACGGCACGGCUCAUGCACA